AUUUAAAAUCCUAACCUUAACUGACAUAUGUAAACAGCUGAUUUCCUUCCGUUCAAUAUUUACAGUUUUUGUUUAAAAAUCAAUGAAAAAUUAAUUACAUUACGUUUGCGCUUUCAAUGAAAAGUGUGUAACAAAGUUCGAUAAAUAAAAAGGAAUUGUUAUACAAAAAUGGGAGAACCAGAAGAUUCAAAAAUUACGUCAACACAAAAAACUUUAUCGUCUUCUCACGAUUCAGGAUGGAAUGAUCCACCAAUGCGGGCCUUUAGUGCAACGAAAAGUUCUUGUACAACACCAACGAAGAGACUGUUAAACAAACGAGUUGCAUUUCCAUUAAAUUCAACGGCCAAUACUUCAAAUCUUUCGAAUCAAACUCCAAUGCCCAUUCCAUCAAAUCUUCCGCCUCCACUAUCAUGCAAAGAGAAAAUAAACAAUUCCCCUCUGCAAGAAUCAAGUAAUGGAGAACAAGAAGAACGAGAUUCUAAUUCAUUCAUUCUUAAGGAGGACUUACUGAAAGAAGUAUUGGUUAAUUUAGAUGUACUUAUGGAAAAGUAUGUUCAUUCUGAGACGUCACAAGAUGUCAGAAAGAGAAUAGAAAUUAUGAGAAAUUUAUUAAUUGAUAAAAAAUUAGACAAUGAUAUUCAGACGAGAAUUCUGAAUUUACUAAAAGCUCUAAAUGCAGAAGAUGUCGAGAAGGCGGACAAACUUCAGAUUUCAUUAAUGAUGGCGAGAGGUUCUUCUUGUUCCUCUUGGCUUCCUGGAAUUAGACAUUUGAUUUUUGAAAUGAAAUCGAAAAUAACUAAAAACGACACAGUUGUAAAUAGUGAUACGGAUACGAGUUUAAUUUCAACACUUUCUUUAGAAUGAAUUUCGUAUUAAAAAUGAAUUUUUAAGAGUGAUAUUUCUAUUUCUAUAAAAAAAUAUUUAUUACAGAGUUGAAUUAGUUUUUAUAUGAGUUAGCAUUUGUAAUAUUAUCUUUUUUGUUUUUUUUAAAGUUGAAAACAUUUUUAUUAUAUUUCUAUCACAAUCUAUAUUUACAAAAAUUAUUAUAAAAGUUAAUUGUUAAUAAAGUUUGAUACAGAGUUUGCAAAUGACA